AUGGCCGAAAGUAAAACCUUCGCCAUCAAAUCUGCUCUUGAACAAAUAAAAAAUGAUAGCCUCUCUGAAAAAUGGCAAUUCUUGUCAUUCUCAACUAGCGAGGCUAUUAAUAUUUUGGAGAACGAAUGCCUUUUGCAUCAGUUGUCAAAGCAUAGAGUGCGUGAAGUGGUAUUGGCUCCCAUUCAGGUUGCUCUUGAAUCCCGCAAUACUAAGCUAAAUGCUGAUGCACUUACUGCACUUGAAGCAUUUGUUGAUUCAGAAUUUCUCUAUGAUGAAUCUAACGAUCCCUUAGCUGAUACAGAUCUUACGUUUCAAUUUCUUGAUACCAUUUCUCCUUGUACAAUUUUCAGCGAACUUAUUCAGACAUCUUUUCUCAAGAUAUGUCUCGAUUUAUAUUCCAAAUUUAUGGCUACUCGAAACAAAGAAAAGUCAUUUGUGGCUCAAACUACUCUUGUCCAAAUCGUGGAGUCAUUUGUUGCUAAAAACAAUGUUUGUAUAAGUGGGGAAAUGUCCAAUGCCGACUUACGUUCAUCUAAUAAAUUUGCUUACAACUGCAUGUUUGAGGAAAAUGCCGAACAAUUUGAGCUUUCUGAUACUCAAAUACAAAUUCUGGGUGUUCUAAAGUGUUUAAUUGAGUCUCUUCUUCCAGAUAACACGACUAACUUGAAUAAAACUGCAGUUCCUUUGUGUCUUCAAUCUAUUGCUACCAUCGUGUCCCUUCUUCCCAUUUCAAUGGUUAAGCAAAGAGUUUUCCUCAACAUUCUAUGGCAGAGAAUGUGUCCUAUGUUAAUGUGGUUUCUUAGUAAUCCAAAGCAGGAGAAAACAAUCACAUCGACAUCAGAUUUUCAAUCUCUCACGAGGCAGUCAGGAGAAAAGCAGACUAUUGGAACGGCUAGUUCAGUUGCUCCUCCAAUGCUCUCUCCUGAAGCACUAAAAACUGUCUAUGACAUUGUGAUUGACCUCACCUUCCUUGUUGGACCUAUUGGUGAAUUGCGUCCUAUGCUGGAAUCACUAUUCCACAAAAUGCUUCUCUAUCCACCCCCAACUUUUCGUCAGAUUGCCCUCAACUCCGUUUGUAGACUUUUGAGUACACCAGAAGGACUUCUAAGCAUUGCUGGACCUGUUGUGUCUAUGCCUUUGUCAACAGAAGACACUGAUGAUGGCUUCGAAUCCCCUUCGGUGUAUUUCAGUGAUCUCCAGGCACCAGAUUUUCGACUUUUCAAUAUAAUACUGGAGUCUGUUCAUGCCUGUUCACAAACGGCAAACCAAUCCUUGGUUUGCACCGGUGCCAAAUGCGUUAAUUUGAUUUCAACAACUCUGGGGAAGCUCGCACACAGUGAGGGACUGAGCGAUGCAUUCGUUCAGAAAAUCCACUCCCAGAUAUCCAAAUCGGAAGAAAGUAAGAAGGCUUUUGAGAAGGAUAAACCUGAUAGUUCACGUGGAAAUGCUAUACAGAGCGCGUCACUACCUCGGUCACUGGAAGUUGAUCGGUGGGCGGCUCAUGAUUACCUUCUCUCUCUCAUGAAGACGAUUCCAAGUCUUCUCGAUGCUCAAUCCACCAUUGAAUUGGAUAAUCUCCUCCUAGAAUUCUCUUCAGCUUACUGCAAAGAGCGUCGAUCGAGUGUUUCUGGGGGUGUUCUGAGUCCAUCAGAUGCUUCGGACAUCGCCGAUAACGCACAAAUCUACGAUGUCGGUGGAACUCUUCUGAAUGCUGAUGCAAUCUAUGUCGCCACCGUUUCGGCGUUAGCUUUGAACUAUCGUCUCCUUCAAGCUGGUUUCUAUUCAAACAACAGCAAAUUCACUACCAAAAUUAUGACUGAGUUUGAAUUUCUGGAUUUGAUUCUUGGAUCAGGACUAAUGCUCUAUGUAUCGGAAACGUGGUUAUCUCAAGUCUAUCGGGGCAUUCGGAAUCAAGAUAUUCUCAGCUCUUCCGGCCUAUCUCCUAAACUUCUAUGUGGAACUAUGGUUGGAGAAAAUGAACCACCCCUUAGAGGUUCUUGUCUAGUUGAGAUGUUGAUUGAAUUCGAUGGAAUCGGAUGGUCAUUUGAUAAUUUUAAAAUCUUUGUAUUUUCCUCCAUGGUUGCUUUUCAGAAAGCUGUUGGGUCCUCAAAGGAUGCCGAAGAUGAUAUUUUUACGAAUGUGGAAGAUGGGACAUUGACGAAAGUUCGAGAUCGAGUCGGUGAGGCGUUGGUUUCUUGCGUCCUCCUAGCUGGUUGGCAGAGGAUUGUUGAAACCAUCACCAACACAAUAGCUCUAGCUGGAAUGCCUGUAGAUAUAUCGUCUACCGGAUUCGCUUCCUUCUUUUCUGCACGUCAACCUUCUAUGACACCAGUUGGCCCCGCGAAGGAAAAAUCGCAGGCAAAGGAUGUAGGAACAACCUCACUACUCCAAAGACUCUUGAGUCUAUUCUACAUUACUGAGGAAGAGACGGCAAAACAGAGCGCUCAGAUACGAGAGUUAGGCUUGACUCUCUCGGCUAGUCUACACAGCUUGCAACAUUUGGCUCUUUUAGCAAGUUCUAGUCCAUCUGAAGCCCUGAGGGCUCGUUGUGGCUCCGUGUUUGGCCUCCUCACUGAAACAGCAAGAGCUGCAUUGAUUGUUGCCAAGGAAAAUAACUCGCUUCCCUCAAUUCCAGCAAAUCGUCUUCAUUCAGCCCAUGCUUUAGGUAUCCAUGUGGUACUUAAUAACGCACUCAGACUUGGUUGCCAAUCACCUGAUUGUUGGAUUCAUCUUUUGAAUGCCUGUCAACUUGUUCAAGGAAUGCUGCAGCCUUUUGUUGCAUCGAUGUGGGAUACUGAGCCUACAGAUGGUGAAAAGUAA